AUUAUCUUCAACUCUUAAAGUUAGAUUUAGAGAGAGAACUGAAAAAAAAAAAAGGCUAUCAAUUCAAAGGUACUGCGUAAUAUAUCUCCAAUUUCAGAAAGGGAUCAGAGAAUUAAAAAAAAAAACAAAAAUGGUAAGAGCACCUUGCUGUGAGAAGAUGGGGUUGAAGAAAGGACCUUGGACCCCUGAAGAAGAUCAGAUUCUCAUCUCUUACAUUCAAAGAUAUGGCCAUGCCAAUUGGCGUGCACUCCCCACACAAGCUGGUUUAUUAAGGUGUGGAAAGAGUUGCAGAUUGCGAUGGAUAAACUACUUGAGACCGGACAUUAAACGAGGAAACUUUAGCACUGAAGAAGAGGAGACCAUCUUUAAGCUACACGAAAUGUUAGGAAAUAGAUGGUCGGCAAUUGCAGCGAGACUGCCGGGACGAACAGACAAUGAAAUAAAAAAUGUGUGGCAUACCCAUUUGAAGAAAAGGCUCACACAAUCCAAUCAUAAUGUCGCUCAACAAAAUACAAAACGACAUUAUCAUGAACGAGCAGAAGUUGUGCAUGGCACGAAUUCUUCAAAAUACGACAUCAUGGAGAAUAGGCCAAUUACUUCGCCCCAACAGAGUUCCUCAAUUAGUGAUAUCUCCUCAGCAAUCAGCACUGAUCAUGAUAACAAUAACAACAACAACAACAACAACAACCACACAUUCAUGAAAGCCGAUUCUUCCGGAAAAUUGUCCGAAACGGCCGACGAGAGUUUCUGGUCGGAAGUUUUCACCACCGAUGAGAGUAAUUAUUCUGAGGUGCUGGAUGAUUUUUCAGCAAUUAGUAGUAACCCAAUAGUUCAAUUUCCAUCCUCUCCUCUAGUGUCUAGCGAACCGGCAGUCCACGCCUGUUGUUCCAAUAUUCAUGGUGAUGAUAUGGAUUUUUGGCACGAUUUCUUCACAAAAGCUGGGGAUGAUCUACAAGAAUUACUAGCGGAAUUGAUGAAACAUGUCGUUUUCCGAAAAAACGACAAUUGUAGGAGGCGAAAGUGUGGACUGCUCACUUGGUUAUUCUUAACGAACUAAAAUCCAGCCCAUUUUAUUGACAUCUGGGCUGCACUUCGGCUCACA